CCGGAGACGACUCACUCAUCCAACAGCGCGGCACGCUGACCGAUCUCCAUUAGCCGCCGCGCCGGCCAUGGACAUGCCGCCGCCGCCUCCUCCUCCUCCUCCUCCUCCUCCUCCUCCUCAUUUUGGUGGCCCCGCCGCCGGUGGAGGCAGGCCUGACCGGAAGACGGUGGAGCGCAACCGCCGCAAUCAGAUGAACGCCCUCUACUCCCGCCUCGACCAGCUCGUCCGCGCCGGAAGCUCGCCGUCGUCUGCACCCCAAGCGGCGGUGCUGCAGCGCGGGCCGCCGGCGAUGACCCGGCCGGACAGGUUGGAGGAGGCGGCGGCGUACAUCAGGCAGACGACGGAGAGGGUGGAGAGGCUCAAGGAGAGGAAGCGGGAGCUGACGGCGGCGCGGGCGUCGUCGUCGUCGUCCCAGGGCUCCUCGUCCGCUGGCGGGGCGGCGGAGGUGGAGGUGCAGCACCUGGGGUCCGGCCUGCACGCCAUCCUCGUGACCGGCGCGCCGCCGAGCGACGGGGCGUCGUUCCACCGCGCGGUGCGCGCCGUGGAGGAGGCCGGCGGCGAGGUGCAGAACGCGCACUUCUCUUUUGUCGGCGCUAGGGCCGUCUACACCAUCCACACGCUGGUCGCCGAGGGGGGCAUUGAGAGGGUGGUGCAACGAUUGAAGGCAGCACUGCGUGGAGAUGCAUGAUCACGUAUCACGUCUACAAGAAAAAACUUCAUCUUAUUAAUCUGGUUUCAUGAACGCCUGAUCGACUAAUUAGCGCAUGCAGUUCAAGUCAACUUUGUGUGAAUGGCGCAUGCAAAGCUGGGAACGGAGCUUGAGUCAGUGACAGCGCGUGUUGUCUAACUGCCAGUCAACGCGCGCUGUCUUGGGGCUACGCAUCUACUAUAUUAACCUGCUCUCUGCUGCUUGGGUGCUAGCAGAUAAAAUAAUUAACGCUGCAAACAGGGACUUUUGAUCCUUGACUUUGACGAGGUAAAAAUUGCUUUCAACGUACGUACGAAUUACUGGUUCGUCAACAUAUAGAUCACGCAGAGAACGUGUGUAACAUGAGGCGGUGAAAAUCGCCCAAAAGUAUCACAGCUAGCAAGCUCUUUAACUAUUUAUUUGUGUAUAAUAUAAGAUGGUGGUCUCAUCAUAUAUAUGUACUUAUACAUAAGUCGUGAUUUCAAUUAACAAUGGAAAAAAAAUCUAUAGCAUGAGAUUAGUCUUUCUGAAUAUUUCAUGCAGAUGCUUAGAUGUUUCCUGUGAUUUGUAAAUAUGAUUUUUGUCUUCGUUGCCACAACACAAGCGAAUGGAUAGAUACAAGGUGUGUGUACGUAUUACCGUAAUGGAAUUAAGCUGCAAACGUUAAAAGAUAGUUAGGUCCAAUUCCCGACCGGAAUAAGUUGACCACGUGAUUGUCAUGCAUGAACUAGUUUUCCUUGAAUUAUUUUGACGAAGUUUCCCAUGAUAUUUGGACCGAAUUUAUUGCAUGCACACCAUCUGUGUUCAGCUAGUACUUCACGCUCACGGCCCGGCCUGCUGAUUAAACAGUAUAUAAUAACUUCGCAUCACGUCAAAACU